AAAUAAUUUGAGCAAGUUUUGACACAAUGGGCAGAGGCCGAGGACGACCAAAGUACAAAGGACACAGCAGACAUUUCACAAGCCGAGAGGAAUUGGAGGAAGAUAGGAAGAAGGACGAAGAAAAAGCGAGGAAGAGAGCAGAACGCGGGUACGAUUCACCUUCUGAUGAGUCGUCAUCUGAAGAAUCAGAAGAAGAAUCGGAGGAGGAAGACGAAAAGGAUCGAAAGGCUAAGGGUGUGGAGGGAAUGAUAGAAGUCCAGAACCCUAAUCAUGUUCGUAAAGGGCAAGUUAAAACCGAAAAAGUUGACGGAGAAUCCUCACAGUUAACCAGACGACAAAAGGAAGAGUUAGCAAGGCAAAACUAUCAACGCCUACAAUUGGAAUGCAAGACAGACCAAGCCCAUAAGGACUUGGCCCGUUUAGCCAUAAUCCGUAAGAAGAGGGAAGAGGAGGCAGCAGGUAGAGGAGCACCCGCUGGAUCCGCCCCCAAGUAAUCAAGGCUAUCCAUAAAUUAUAAAAUAACAAAUCAAAUGAAAUGUAUUAUCCACCAAGAAAGGAGUAUGAAGUGAACAGACAGUAGGCCUUGUUUGAAUUUUUGGGCUGAUAGAAAUAUCGGAAAAUAGAGUUGAUAAAUUUGUCUAAAUUUCUAGUUUGCUUUUAUUAUAAUGUCUUUGUAAUUGAUAACAUGAAUUCGUCGGGGAAAGUAAUUUUGAAUAUUUAAUAAUAAAUGAUAGUAACGUCACGUGAUCCGAAUCGGGCAUGAGCUCAACCCGGCCACCAUACUCACCCCUUUAUCAACAUCUUAAUACCCGAUGUUUUUUCUAUCCGGGUGGCCUUUUUCCGCACAAACUUUAAUGCAUUUUUUUUGAAGUUGCUUAAAUUGGCUUCAUUAUUAAGAUGACAGGAUAAUACUGGCUAUUUCCAAAGACCGCUCAGUCUUUUUGAAUGUAUUCUUUUUGAGAAUAUGCAGUAAAAACCGCUGAUUCAGCAUUAUCAUGCUAGAUGUUCGAGAUUUUAAUUUAGUGUCCCCCAAACCUUCACAUAGUCUUUAGUAUUUAAAAUUUAAUGUCGAGAUGCCCGCAAAUGUAUUACUUGUAAAAUAUUUUAGUGCAAAUUGCGGACUUUUCAUUUAUAUUCCAAAGAGGUGAUUAA